AUUGAGAAGGUGGACGUCAGCGUUCCACGGGUGCCGGAUUCACUGGAUUUAUCAACAUAAUUUGAUUCGCUUGAUUGCACAGGUGUCUGCCUAAAAGCACAGCUCAUUUUUCGCUUUUUCAGUCUAUGGAUUUUCUGCAGCUGCUAUCAUGCGCGUGCAUCAUAUUCACCGUGGGGAUGUUCACGACGGGAUUGACCGACUUGAAGAAAAUGAAGACCACACAGAGUGCAGAUAACGUUCAGUUUCUGCCCUUCCUCACCACAUGCUUGAAUAAUCUAGGUUGGCUGUACUAUGGAUUAUUAAAGGGAGAUGGAACGGUGAUAUCUGUAAACAUCAUUGGGGGCUUUUUACAGACCUUAUACAUCAUCACUUACUGUCAUUAUACCAAAGACAAGAGGCGAGUGUUCUCGCAGACGCUGACGAUGGUGAGUGUGUUGUGUGUAGGCUGGGUUUAUUUUACUGUGAUGAUUCCUCCUGGAGAAGCUCAACUCUCUCAGCUGGGCCUCACCUGCAGUGUGUUCACCAUCAGUAUGUACCUCUCUCCACUCACUGAUCUCUUGGAUAUUGUGCGAAAUAAGUCUGUGGAGCGCUUGUCUUUUUCCUUGACCGUCGCUACAUUUUUCACAUCCACGUCAUGGACGCUGUAUGGCCUUCAACUGCGUGACUAUUAUAUAAUGGUGCCCAACACCCCUGGCAUCUUUACUAGCCUCAUCCGCUUCUUCCUCUUCUGGUGGUUCGGAGCUGUCAUUCCAAACAAGCCCUCCUAUAAACUGAUCCAAAUCUGAGAGAGGAUUUCGAUUGAAUGUGAUUGAAUCUAAUUCUACUUUCCUUUACCCAAGCCAGAAGAGAUUCUGGUUUCCUUCACAUCAGACUUAGUCUAUUUAGUCAAAAGGAUAGUUAAAUCAUGUCACCAUUUACUCAUGUUGUUCCAAAUCUGUGUGACUUACUUUUGUGGAACAGUCAAUGGUAAACAAAACUGUUUGGCUGCCAACAUUUUUCAAAAGAUCUUCUUUUUUGUUUUCCACAGAAGACAAAA